AGUAUUGUAGAAUAUUCAAUGUAGUUGUACCUUGUACUGAAAAUAACUUAACAUCAAUUUAAACUAUUUUUGUUCAAAUGAAUAAACAAUAAACAGUAGCAACAUAUUUUUACACUUUUACAGUAUACACGACCUCAAAUCACACAAGUGCUCAGAUUUUUUCUAGAGAACAACGCAAUCAAGUCGAAGUAAACAAGUCGUAUCGUGACCAUGUCGGAACCGGCAAGGAAACGAGGAGUACUAGCCGGCGGUGAACCGAGCACCAGUAGUGAUUCAAGCACCAGCAGUGAAUGGACCACCGAUGAUGAUUCGAGCACCAUUGAAUCCAACGAUUCCGAUGACAAUAAUGAUGAUUUGGUUUCGUCUGUACUUAAUGUUGAAUUUGAAGGGCGCAAUCCACAAUUCUCAGAUUUUCCUGGCGUUAAACAGUUAUUACAACAGCUGUUCUUAAAAGCUCCUGUGAACCUGUCUGAUUUAUCUUCAAGACUGAUUACUCAACCUGGCAUUGGCUCAGUGAUCAAGCAAGUUCAUGAUGAUGAUGAUGACGACGACGAAGAUGAUAAUAGCAUUGUUGAUGUUAACCAAGUAUACGGAAUAACUACAAUUCUCAAUAUUUCACAGAAGACAAGUGAAUGUGUAGAAAAUUUACACAAACUUAUGUUGGACUUGAGCAACCAAUUUAGUGAUAGUGACACAACACGAUUUGUAAACGGAUUGUUGAGUGAUGAUACAAAACAAGUUGGGUUGUUAAUAAAUGAAAGAUAUGUUAACAUACCCCCUCCUAUUUCUGUGCCAUUAUUUCAUGCUAUCCGGAAGGAAUUAUUCAGUUUAAAACCUAAAGACUCGUCAUAUAAUUUUGAUUAUCUUAUUUUGAUAAGCAAAAUAUAUAAAGCGAAGAAAGAUAAAAAGGAAAACAAAAGUUUUGAAGGCGCCACUGUAUUUUGGUCAAAUGCUGAAGAAGAGUUCUUUGAUGAUGCAGCAGAUUACAAGUUUGAGUUUUGUGUGCAAAAUGACAAGGGUACUGGUCUGGCAGGUAACUGGGUAGAAUCAGAUCCUGAAAUGGUCCCAUUUAGACGUGUUCUGAUUUUCACUAUGGAAAAAUUCCUUUCGGUAACUAACACACUGGCAUCUUUUUUGGAGCCUGCAGGUACUGUUUACAACAGUGCAUAUAAGCCUGGAUCUAUAUGAAGACUAAUCUAUUGUUUAUAACAAUAUAUUUAUACAUUUUUUUUAUCAAGUUGAAUUAAAUUGGGUUGUAUUUUUUUUUUCAAAGUAAU